AUGGUUUAAGAAAUUUCAGAUGCAUUAGCGAAAUUUACAUACAAAAGGAAAUUGAAAUUUUUCGUCACAGUAUUUUAUUUUGAUAUAAUAGGCUAAUUAACUGUUUUUCAUCAUAGCAAAAUGA